CAGAGGCCUGCCGCUCCGCCUAGCUGGCCCUCCUGCGCUUUUCUGCUCCUCACCCCCGCCGCAGCCACUGAUUGAGCGAGCGAGGCCUCCAUUUUACCUCCGAGAGGCGCUGGCGGGGAAGGAGGCUGGGCGGGGGGCGCGCUCCUUUCCUUCGACAGUUUUUCUCCGACUGCAGCCAUGUCUGACUUUGUGGAGAGUGAAGCUGAGGAGUCUGAGGAGGAGUACGAUGAGGACGGGGAAGUUGUUCCCAGAGCACCCAAGAAGUUUGUGGAGGAAGAAGAUGAUGAAGAGGAAGAGGAGAACCUGGACGACCAGGAUGAGCAAGGGAACCUGAAAGGGUUCAUUAACGAUGAUGAUGACGAGGAAGAGGAGGAAGAGGAAGAGGCCAGUGAUUCAGGAGACUCUGAGGAUGAUGUCGGCCAUAAGAAGAGGAAGCGCAAUUUUGAUGACCGCCUUGAGGAUGAUGAUUUUGACCUCAUUGAAGAAAACCUGGGUGUCAAAGUUAAACGACAAAAAUUCAGGCGGCUGCGCAAGAUGUCGGAUGAUGAGGAUGAUGAAGAAGAGGAUUACGGGAAAGAAGAGCAUGAGAAGGAAGCAAUUGCUGAAGAAAUUUUCCAAGAUGGGGAGGGAGAGGAGGGAGGUGAUGCUGUUGAAGGUCCCGUUGGCCCUGCCGAUGAUGAUGAGGAAGAGGAAGAAGAUGAGUCUGACAUUGAUGACUUCAUUGUUGAUGACGAUGGGCAGCCUCUGAAGAAGCCGAAGUGGAGGAAGAAGCUCCCUGGCUAUACAGAUGCGGCUUUGCAAGAGGCCCAGGAGAUCUUUGGAGUAGACUUUGAUUAUGACGAGUUUGAGAAAUAUAAUGAGUAUGACGAGGAUCUGGAGGAGGAAUACGAAUAUGAGGCUGACGAGGCAGAAGGAGGCGAGACUCGUGUCCGAGCCAAGAAGACGGCCAAGAAGCGGGUCAGUCGCCGCAGCAUUUUCGAGAUGUAUGAGCCCAGUGAGCUGGAGAGCAGCCACCUGACAGACCAGGACAAUGAGAUUCGGAUAACGGACAUGCCUGAAAGGUUCCAGCUUCGCUCUAUUGGUGUAAAGAAUGCUGAAGACGAUGAACUGGAAGAAGAAGCUGACUGGAUCUACCGGAACGCCUUUGCUAUGCCCACCAUCUCCCAGCAGGAAAAUUCUGAUUACCUGGACCGUGGUCAGACCGGCACCAGCUUCAACCGCAAGGGCCCCAGCACCAUUCAGAAGAUUAAGGAAGCCCUGAACUUCAUGCGUAACCAGCAUUUUGAGGUCCCAUUCAUAGCCUUCUACAGGAAGGAGUACGUGGAACCAGAGCUGAACAUCAAUGAUCUGUGGCGUGUUUGGCAGUGGGAUGAAAAGUGGACCCAAUUGAAGAUCCGUAAGCAGAAUCUGACCCGUCUGUUUGAGAAAAUGCAGGCCUACCAGUAUGAGCAGAUCUCUGCUGAUCCAGACAAGCCUCUGGCAGAUGGAAUACGGGCCCUGGACACCACUGAUAUGGAGAGGCUGAAGGACGUGCAAUCCAUGGAUGAACUUAAAGAUGUGUACAACCACUUCCUGCUUUACUACGGCCGAGACAUCCCCAAGAUGCAAAAUGCAGCCAAAGCCAACCGCAAGAAGAACAAGCGUAUCCGGGAGGAUGGAGAAGAGGAGGAAGGGGAAGGAGAGGAUGCAGAGGAUGAUGAGCAAAAGGGGCCUGAACUCAAGCAGGCAUCUCGCCGGGAUAUGUAUACCAUCUGCCAAACAGCUGGUCUAGAUGGCCUCGCUAAAAAGUUUGGUCUGACACCGGAGCAAUUUGGUGAGAAUCUGCGUGACAGUUACCAGCGCCAUGAAACAGAACAGUUCCCGGCAGAGCCGCUGGAGCUGGCCAAGGAUUACGUGUGCAGUCAAUUCCCCACUCCAGAGGCUGUGCUGGAAGGCGCCUGCUACAUGGUUGCUCUGCAGAUUGCCCGAGAACCUCUGGUCCGGCAGGUUCUGCGUCAGACCUUCCAGGAAAGGGCCAAGAUCAACAUCUCCCCUACCAAGAAAGGCAAGAAGGAUGUGGAUGAGGCCCACUACGCUUACUCCUUCAAGUACCUGAAGAACAAGCCUGUCAAGGAGCUGCGGGAUGAGCAGUUCUUGAAGAUGUGCCUGGCUGAAGAGGAGGGGCUUCUGACCAUAGACCUCUGCAUUGACAUGAAAGGUGUUGAGGGCUAUGGUAGUGACCAGACGUAUUUCGAAGAGAUUAAGCAGUUCUACUAUAGGGACGAGUUCAGCCACCAAGUGCAGGAAUGGAACCGGCAGCGCACCUUGGCCAUUGAGCGGGCACUCAACCAGUUCCUCUAUACUCAGAUGGCCAAAGAACUGAAGAACAAGCUGCUGGUAGAAGCCAAAGAGUUUGUCAUUAAGGCUUGCAGCCGGAAGCUGAACAACUGGCUCAAAGUGGCCCCUUACCGCCCUGACCAGCAGGUGGAGGAAGAUGAUGACUUCAUGGACGAGAACCAGAGUAAAGGCAUUCGAGUGCUGGGCAUUGCGUUCUCCUCGGCAAGAGACCACCCUGUGUUUUGUGCCCUGGUGAAUGGGGAAGGUGAGGUCACGGACUUCCUGCGGCUGCCCCACUUCACCAAGCGAAGGAAUGCCUGGAGGGAAGAAGAAAGGGAGAAGAAAUCCCAGGAUAUUGAAUCCUUGAAAAAGUUCCUACUUGGCAAGAAACCCCACGUGGUGACGAUCGCAGGAGAAAACAGGGAUGCCCAGAUGCUGAUGGAGGAUGUGAAGCGUAUCGCCCACGAACUGGAGCAAGGGCAGCAGCUUUCCUCCAUUGGAGUGGAGUUGGUGGACAAUGAACUGGCCACUCUCUACAUGAACAGCAAGAAGUCAGAGAAUGAAUUCCGGGACUACCCCCCUGUCCUGCGCCAGGCUGUCUCCCUUGCUCGACGCAUACAGGAUCCUCUGAUCGAGUUCGCCCAGGUUUGCAGCUCUGAUGAGGACAUCUUGUGCCUCAAGCUCCAUCCUUUGCAGGAGCACGUUGUGAAAGAGGACCUGCUGAAUGCCUUGUACUGCGAAUUCAUCAACCGCGUGAAUGAAGUGGGAGUGGAUGUCAACCGUGCCAUUGCUCACCCGCACAGCCAGGCCCUCCUGCAGUACGUCUGUGGCCUGGGACCACGCAAGGGUACUCACCUGCUCAAGAUCCUGAAGCAGAACAACACGCGACUGGAGAACCGAACCCAGCUAGUCACCAUGUGCCACAUGGGACCAAAGGUCUUCAUUAACUGUGCUGGAUUCAUCAAGAUAGACACUGCUUCUCUAGGUGACAGCACGGAUUCCUACAUUGAGGUCUUGGACGGGUCCAGGGUCCACCCAGAAACCUAUGAAUGGGCCAGGAAAAUGGCUGUCGAUGCCUUGGAGUAUGAUGAGUCAGCAGAAGAUGCCAACCCCGCUGGUGCCCUGGAAGAAAUUCUGGAAAACCCGGAGCGUCUGAAGGACCUGGACCUUGAUGCCUUUGCUGAAGAGCUGGAAAGACAGGGUUACGGAGACAAACACAUCACCUUGUAUGACAUCCGUGCUGAACUAAGCUGCCGCUACAAGGACCUGCGGAGCCCAUACCGCUCCCCCAAUUCUGAAGAGGUCUUCAACAUGUUGACGAAGGAGACUCCUGAGACGUUCUAUAUUGGUAAGCUGAUCAUCUGCAACGUGACAGGAAUAGCCCACCGGCGGCCCCAGGGAGAAAGCUAUGACCAAGCAAUCAGGAAUGACGAGACAGGCCUGUGGCAGUGUCCCUUUUGUCAGCAGGAUAACUUCCCUGAGCUCAGCGAGGUCUGGAAUCACUUUGACAGUGGCUCCUGCCCCGGACAGGCCAUUGGGGUGAAGACUCGGCUGGACAAUGGGGUAACUGGCUUUAUCCCAACCAAGUUUCUCAGUGACAAGGUGGUCAAGCGGCCCGAGGAAAGGGUCAAGGUGGGGAUGACUGUGCAUUGCCGGAUCAUGAAGAUAGACAUUGAGAAAUUCAGUGCUGACUUAACCUGUCGAACCUCGGACUUGAUGGACAAGAACAAUGAGUGGAAGCUGCCCAAAGACACGUACUAUGACUUUGAUGCGGAGGCAGCUGAUCACAAACUGGAGGAAGAGCUGAAGAGGAAGCAGCAGCGGACGACGUACAUCAAGCGGGUAAUCGCCCACCCAUCCUUCCACAACAUCAACUUCAAGCAGGCUGAGAAGAUGAUGGAGACUAUGGACCAAGGUGAUGUCAUCAUCCGCCCCAGCAGCAAAGGGGAGAACCACUUGACGGUCACCUGGAAGGUAUCUGACAACAUCUACCAGCAUGUUGAUGUACGUGAGGAAGGCAAGGAGAAUGCCUUCAGCCUGGGCGCCACGCUGUGGAUCAACACAGAGGAGUUUGAGGACCUGGAUGAAAUAGUUGCCCGCUAUGUCCAACCGAUGGCAUCUUUUGCAAGAGAUUUGCUCAGCCAUAAGUAUUAUCAGGAUUGCAGCGGAGGAGACAGGAAGAAACUGGAAGAGCUCCUGAUCAAAACGAAGAAGGAGAAGCCCACCUUCAUCCCAUACUUCAUCUGUGCCUGCAAAGAACUCCCUGGCAAAUUCCUCCUGGGGUACCAGCCACGGGGGAAGCCUAGGAUUGAGUACGUGACGGUGACACCCGAAGGGUUCCGGUACCGUAACCACAUCUUCCCCACAGUCAAUGGGCUGUUCCGGUGGUUCAAAGACCACUACCAAGACCCCGUGCCAGGAAUCACCCCUAGCAGUAGCAGCAGGACCAGGACUCCAGCUUCGAUCAACGCUACUCCUGCCAACAUUAACCUGGCAGAUCUGACCCGAGCAGUAAAUGCCCUUCCACAGAACAUGACCUCCCAGAUGUUCAGCGCCAUCGCAGCUGUGACCGGUCAGGGGCAGAAUGCCAAUGCCACGCCUGCCCAAUGGGCCUCCAGUCAGUAUGGCUAUGGAGGCAGCGGUGGCGGGAGCAGUGCUUACCAUGUCUUCACAACUCCGGCUCAGCAGCCAGUGGCUACCCCUCUGUUGACUCCCAGUUACUCUUACACAACACCCAGCCAGCCCAUCACAACGCCUCAGUAUCAUCAGCUUCAGGCCAACACUACGCCCCAAUCCACACAGUCCCAGCCACAGUCUCAGCCUUCAUCCAGUUCUGGGCAAAGACAGCAGCCCAAAUCCAGCACCCAUGCAGCCAUCGACUGGGGCAAGAUGGCCGAGCAGUGGCUUCAGGAGAAGGAGGCUGAACGGCGGAAGCAGAAGCAACGCUUGACACCCCGCCCGUCUCCAAGCCCCAUGAUCGAGAGCACCCCCAUGUCUGUUGCUGGAGAUGCUACACCGCUGCUGGAUGAGAUGGACCGGUAGUCCUCCCGCCCCUUCGCCUCCUGCCCGAGGGAGAGCGCCAGCAGAGACCAGCUCUUCUUCCUUAGUCUUGUUGCUCUGUGUUUGGUUUUUGGUUUGUUUUUUACAUGGAACAGCAGGGACGCUGGGCAGCGCCCUCCUCGUGACUGGUGCCUUGGGGCCACAUGCGUAGCGGAAAGAGGUGGUACUUGCUGCUGGGCUAGGCAGUAUCCAUAUUGGCUGAAUCGUUGGUUCAUGCUUUGUUGCCAUGGCUGCUGGUGUGGGCAGACCAACCGUUCUUUUCUGAGCAGAAAUUUCUUGCCCAGCAGCCGCAGUUCUGGCUGCUGCCCCUGGUCUUUACUUCAGCUGUUCAGAAAUAAAAAUUUUAAAGCAAGGGGUUUAUGGGAGCAUCCUCUGCUGGUAACUGAGCCAGAGAAACUGGUUGAUUGGCCAGUCUGGAGGUUUCUCUCUCUCCCCACCUCCUCCCUACCCUUGGCUUGGUUGGCAGCAUUGUAUGGCUAAAAGGCUUUGCUUCAGGAGCCCUUCCAGCUCACCAGAGGACCUUGGCUGGAAGGGCAUGCACUGUAGCCUUCCCGUGACCUCAGUUUCAUUGGCACUCCUGAGGACAAUAUUUAUUCAGUUGUAUUACUUUUUUUUAAAAAAAGGAACAUGAGAUCCAGCGCCAAAUGCCAGGCAACAGCAGCUUUUUGUCACUAAGCUGGGAGGAUCUGAGAGCUUCUAUACCCGCUACUGCGGCUUGAAUGCCAAGUAGUCUGUUCCCCACCUCUCUAUCUACUCAUAACAGAACCGAAGGAAUAAAUUGUGUUCCUGCUGAACUCUCAUGGAGGUUUUCUCUCCACUCCCAGCCAACUGGGGCAGAGGGAGCUGGGGGAUUGGCCGAUUCCCAUGUCUCUGGAUUCAAAUCCUGGCAGGGGUCAGCUUGGUGAUUUUUCUUUUUUUCAAAAGAUUGUCAUGCCUUGGCAUCUGGGGACGGGACGACCCUAUUGCAGUGUACUGGACUAGAAUGCGAGAGAGAUUCUGAACAGUUGUCAGCUGUGAGUGCAGAAUCUUAAAAAGAGGAGGGGUGUGACUGCAGUGGGCUGGAGAAGCCGGAGUAAUCCCGCCUCCUUCCCCAUCGUGAUGCUGUAGCUGGGUCUGGGAGCAAGAAGUGGGUCCUUCCUACUCAUAGGUAUAAUGGAGACUCAAAGAAGCAAGUGGGUCAGCCGGGGAGAAAGGAUCUGCCCUCACUUUCCCUGCUGGUGUUGGCACGGCACAGGCUGCUUGCGCUGCCUCCCCCUUACCGGCAGCCUUAGUCUUGCUCUUGGCCCUUAGCCAGUGGGGUGAUCCCCAGAGCCUGGCACAUUUGAAAAAGAAAGGGGUUCUUCACUCUGGCCUUGCUCCUUCCGUACCUGUCCUCCCUACAUUUUCUGUCCUUUGUGACUCCCCCCCCCCAUCAAUAAACUUUCUUUUUGGGGAUGUUGCCAGUAUGCAGCUGUUGGAGGACAUUGCUCUUUGGGCCCUGUUCCCGACUCCAUUAUGUGGAGUUGAGCGCGCAGGUGGGAAGCAGCUCUGUUUGUGCCACUUCUCAGUUGCAAGGCAUAAGGCGCAGUGGGAGUGGUGCUCCCAUUUGGUGUAAUGACGAGCAGUGAAAAAAUUCUCGCCCACAGCUCCCACUGAAGAGAAGCACUGUUGUUGGGAUUUCUGGAUGCGUUCUUCCCAUUGGCCUUUUGGGGGAGUGUACAAUACGCUGCGUUGAGUUUGGUUGUGGUAGGAAUUAAGGGAACGGGCCACAGGCAUAACAUUAUAACCUCCCUGCAGAGGCAGGUUGUGUUUCUGCUCUGGGCUUUCUUCGUGCCAAGGAACAGCCGCGCUUAGAAGGGCGAGGGGUGCAGAGACACAGAGCUGGGCUUCAGCUUUGAAUGUUCCUUUGUAUCGGAAGCUUACUGCAAAUACAAAUCUGGCAGAGCAGCCCAAAAGGGGUGGGGAGAAGCCUUUCUCGCUGCUAUGCUGUUAGUUUUCUGUUUGCAGAAUUUUUUUUAACGCCAAGGAACGUGCCCCCCUCUGCAUUCCCUGCAACCACCUCAUGCUCGUGUGUAUAUGUAAGCUAGGCAUGCGUUACCCCGGCUCAACAUGUGCGGGGGGUAUAAAGAGUGAUUCCGGGUUCAGUUGAGUAGUGAAAUGCAGUUCCCUUUAAAUACCCCCCCUUGGUGGCUAGGGGCUCUUUAUCCCUAAGUAGGUCUGCGGGGGGGGGGGGUUUCAAAAGAAACAACCCCAUGCGGAAGCGGUCUUUCCCCUGCUGUGAGAAGAAUGCUGCUCUUCUGCAGGUGGAGACUGAUGUUCUCCUAGCUGUACAGAGUAGCUCCCUCCUAGGGAAGCCAUGGACUGGAAGAGGGUUAAAACCCCUCCAGCCUCGACUUUGAGCAAUGCUGGUCUGGCCCUUUAGAAGGAAGUUGAUGUGGGCAGCUGCCGUGGUGGGGAGUAGUGGCUUGUCUUCAGCAUGCCAGCUUCUUCUUCCCAUGCUGCACAGGCCUUGAUUAGAUAGCAAGCCAGUGGAGACCCUAGAUGCGCCUGCCCUCGAGUGGCAAAGACUGGUCCUGGGUGGAGAUGUGACUGGGCUGGACUGGGGCCAUUUGCUCCGCAAAAGCUGCUGGAGUGGUCCAGUCACCACUUGGGUGUGUGCUUUCCCUGCUCUGCUAAAUUCUCCCAUCUAGCUUGGGAGGGCACAGGGUUGCCUCUCUAUGUGAAACUCUACAAAAGGGACAGAGUUGAGAUUGUAGCCAUCGUUAAAGGGAGAGUAGCAACUAUCUUGAACUGGUGAUGCUCUUGCUAGACCUGAGAUGUUGCAGUCGUAGGCUGGGAACCCUGGGCAGGCAGUGUGAAGUGGGGCCAGAGAGGAGUGGCUGAAUUAUGUCCCAGUCUCUCAGUAGAGGCAAAGCCCAAACUGGCUGUUGCCUGCCUGUUGGCUGUGGGCCUGGGAGGUCCUGGCAGGACCACAGUGGAGGGGCAGUCAUGGAGCAGCUGGCAAAGUAGCUGCUAUUAAGCAAGAAGAGGAUUGGGAGGCAUCAAUAGGGCAGGAAGGCAGCAGGAUUCCCCCUGAACUACAGACGAGUCCAUCUGUGGAAAGGAGUGGGCAAAGGCUGUGCAUCAAUGGGUAUUUAUUUUACAACAUCCAAACAGUUAGCCAGAGUUUUGGCUAUGGGGCCCAAGUAAAGUUAUCUCUGGGAGGUUAGAAAGCUGCAGUGCAGGACUGGAAGAGAUGACGGGGCUGUCUUAGCUUGCUGCUGGUGAUAAGCCUCUUGCUGUUCUUUGGCAAUGGAAGCUUUGUCAGUUUUCUCCUUCCCUCUGACUAGAAAACGGGUAGGCUGAUCCUGUAUCAUGCCUCUCUUUAAAGGGAAACCAAAACAGCAGGGCUCCCACUAUUAAGCAGCAUGGACCUUCUAAGGUUCCACCCCAGGGUUUGACCCUCUGAAGAAAUACAUAUUGGGUGCAAAAUUGGGCAUCCUGAGAAUCACAGCUGUCCAGAAAAAAAGAAACUGUUUUAAUGCUAUCUUGAAAAUCAGCUAACAAUUCUCUGCCUCUUCCUGUGAGCACCAGAAGAAUAAAUUAUGCAAAAUCAA